ACAGCUGAGUAUUUGUGAAUAAAAUUGCAUGAAAGCUGCUUUGUUGAAAAUGGAUGACGAAAAGAAGCUGGAUACGGUGCAGAAAGAUAUACGAGCCUUACUCAUUGCAUCUAAGAAUGGGCUUAGCAUUCAGGAACUGGAACAUGAUUAUAGAAUGAUGAUUGGUUCACAUAUGCCUCUGCGGACCCUAGGCUACCGAUCUACUAUGGAAAUGGUUUUGGAUAUGCCAAAUGUUGUGCAUGUCCACUCAAGAUGUGAUGGCACUGUAUUGUUAUCAGCUGUGGUUGAUGAAUCUACUAAAAGCAUUGCAGAUUUGGUUUCACGUCAGAAGAACCCAUCUAAAUCAAAACCAAGAAAAAGGCGUGUUUUGAGACCUAGAUAUCAUGUAGACAUAGCAAGACGUGGAAGAAUAGCUCCUGUGCUCCCGGCAACAGUGAAGAGUGAUCUGCGAGACUUGCUGUCCAUUUCACCAUUGCUGGUCUCGGAAUUGGAGAAGGCCUUCGCGUCUCGGUUUGGACGUAGUUUUCAGUAUUCUCGCUAUGGUUUCUACUCUAUGUUAGAGGUUAUCAGAUCUAUCUCUGAUAUUGUUCAAGUGAAACAGACACGAGCUGGUUCAUUGCUAGUGCUACGGACACCUGAGGAUAGUGAAACAGCUGGAACUGGUUUGAAACGGGCUAGUGCUUCUUCCUUAUUGAAACAUGUAACUACUCCCAUGGCAUCUUACAGAAUUCCAGAUCAAACUCAAUCACAAGGCAUGACAAAAAUAACAUCUGUGCAGGGAAAAAGUCUGUUCAACCCAACCAACGGUCAUCAAUGUUUACAGGCUUCCACCAAGUUAGCAGAAUCUCCGAACUCCUCUGAAGUGAGCUGUAAAAAGAAACCUGUGGAGAAUACAAACAGCUUGUAUGUAAGCACUUCUCAGGAGGAGCAUCAGGUGGCAGAAGGAAGCAGAAGACCAGAAAGCCAUGCAGCUUUAAAUAGCUCUUCCAGUCCAGCUAGGUCGCCAGAUCCCAUUACCAAUAGUCCUAUCAGAAAGAAUCAUCUGUUAGAAGAAAUUAAAACUCCCAAAUCACAAGGAUCAAUGAAAGUGAAAGAUCAUGUUUCUCCUUUGGCACCUGCUAAAGAUGACAGCUUACAGUGGCUGGAAACAAAGUUGGAAAAGGAGCUGAGAUUAUGCUUAGCACAGAAGGGAGCUGGUGGAAAUAUAAGUCCAGAUCUUCGACUGGAGAUACAACACAUUGUCAAACAGCAUCCAGAGGGAUUACUGGUUUCUCAGCUCCCUGUUGUGUUUAAGAAUUGUUUAGGGAAGGACCUGCCAUACAGACACCUGGGGUUCAUGUCUGUAAUGGAGCUCAUAGGCUCUCUCGGCGACAUGCUUUAUUUGGAAAGGACAAAGGAUGGGAAAGAUUGGUAUUUGUUUGACCUGGAAACAACGGGUAGAAAUUCCGAUGACCAUAUGAUGCUGGCAUCCACUCGAUCGCUUUCCAACUGGGAUUUGCCUCAGCCAAAGGUGAUGCAUAUGAAGCCAAUGGAGCUCAAAGCUUGUCAAGCAGAUGUAAAUCUCUGGUGGGGACCUCUGGAAUUACAAUUACCCUUGAAUAAAGAGAACGAGAUCCCUCCUGAUGCUGUUAGACAGCAGAAACUACACAGCUUAUCUCGUAUGAAACGUGGCUUUAUGAUUGGUGUUCUUGUCGAAAACAUUACAUCUCCCAGUGAGUUCUAUAUCCGGUGCUAUGGGAAAGACACGUCUGAAAAGCUGGAGGACAUGAUGAUAGAAAUGAGGCGUUGCUAUUCUAAUGAAUGUGUUUCGGAACGCUAUGCUGUGCCUGAUAACCGCAUCUCUGUCGGGGAAAUCUAUGCUGUAAAGGUGACUGGAGAUGUGUGGUGGUAUAGAGUUAUUGUGCAUGCUAUUGUCAACGACGAAGAGGUGACUGUAUAUUAUCCUGACUUUGGCACCGUGUCCACUGUUAAGAGAUGCUUGUUGCGUUUUCUCAAAAAUUGCUACAUGAGGCUUCCUGCCCAGGCUGUGCCUUCUUGCCUAGCCUUUGUGCGUCCACUAGAGGACUUCUGGUCAACAAAAGCCAUAAAGCGUUUCCAACAGCUGUGUGGUUGUGGCCCUCUGGUGGGCCUGGUGCUUCAGUAUGUCAUGGAUGUUUUAUACUUGUUCCUUUGCGAUACGUCAUCCGAUGAAGAUGUUUAUCUUCACCAAGUAUUGACAUCUAAUGGCUUGGGACACGUUGGUCAAGAGCCAGGAUUUUACAAGACUGUGCAGAAAUGCAAUCCGUAUAUGCGCCAUCUUAAACAUUCCCCAAUCAAGGCUCCAGAAGUGUGUCUGGAGGAAUGUUCAAAGAGUUCGAUGGAAAACAAGUGUGUUCCUUCUGAAAACAUAAGUGACUAUGAACCAAUCCAGGAGGAUGUGAAAUUUGAGAUGCCAUAUCUUGAAGCACUUCCCACAGGUGGUGAAAUAUGGGAUGAGAAUUGGUCUUUAUCAGGCAGUGUAGUUUCUCUUGAGGAAGCAUCCAAGCCCUCAGACCUGAACUUAAAAAUAUGUCAAGAGCAGGAGACCGAAGAUGAGCCUUCAAAGCUUUCUGCAGAGUCUGAUGAUGGUACCCAAAUGCAUGAUCCCUUGGAGGAAUUUUACAUUUCUCUAAUCCAGUCCAGGAAAUCACAAGAUAAUAAUGUUGAACAACCGUCUCCAGCUAGAGACCUUCCAGAACUUGAGAUUGUCAGCCUAUCCAGCAUAGAACAUGAUCCAGGCAGACCGUUGUCCAAUACAUCAGUUGAUGAAAAAUUAUGUGAGAAAAAUGACGUUCGCUUAUGUGAGGAACCAAGAUAUUACCAGCAAGCUAGCAUCAACCCAUUUGUGGGAUUACAAAAGCUUCACAUUUCUAGAAAUACAAUGGUGGCCCUUGGACCAGCAGCUCGAUUGGCCACUUCUGGCAGAUUUAUGAAUUGGGCUACUGACCAAUGAAAGUGUAGUUUGUUAUACAGAAUUCACCUUGACAGGACCAUUUUUAUCUCAAAUAUCCUUGCCAUUUUUGCAGCUGUAGGUAUUUUUAUAGGUGCAGUUACCCCAUAUUGUGACAUUCUUAUAAUUUGAGAGCAUAUGAUUAUCCUAGUAUUUUAUUUUGCU